CAUGCCAAAUCCAUUUAUUCCAGAAAGAGACCGCGGGAAACUUGAAGCGCUACAAAAUGCGGUCCUCUGAUCCGAGACCGUCAGACGCAGAGACGACGAUGUGCUCGUGCGUUGGUCCGGUCAAUAUGAAAUUCCUUGGAAGCCAAGAUCAGGAUAAAUCUGCCCAACAGAGCAAGCGGAUUGACCGAAUGCUAAAGAGAGAACAUAGGCACGAUCUGAGGAGACACAAACUUUUACUUCUAGGAACCGGUGAAGCGGGCAAAAGCACAAUCACAAAGCAAAUGAAGAUUAUUCACAUCAACGGUUUUGACAGAGGGGAGAGGAUUGAAAAAGUCAUUGAUAUUAAACGUAACAUAAGAGAUUCUAUAGCGACAAUAUGCGGCGCGAUGCAGAUUAUAGGUAUUCCGCUAGAGCGCAGUGAUAACCAGCCUUGCUACGACUACAUCCUCAGCAAGGACACGCAUCGCCCUGAUUUUGAUUUCCCACAGGAAUUUUUUCUACACACGUCAAAAUUAUGGCAAGAUGGCGGCGUCCAGACGUGUUUCAGAAGAUCCAACGAAUACCAGCUGCUGGACAGCACGCAGUAUUUCAUGGACAGACUCGGUGAAAUAAGAAAACGCACCUAUGUUCCCAGUGAUCAGGACAUUUUACGUUGCCGCGUGAUGACAAAUUCUAUCAAUGAGAUCGAUUUUGAUGUUCUGGAGCACGGGGCCACAAUACCGUUUAGUGUUUUCGACGUGGGAGGACAGAAAGGGGAGAGAAGAAAAUGGAUCCAAGUAUUCUCAGACAGCGUGACUGCCAUUUUGUAUGUUGUGGACGUCUCGAGCUUCGACGUUAAACUGCGAGAAGAUGAAACGAAAAACAGGCUGGUGGACGCGCUUGAAAAUUUUGACCAAGUUUGGAAUAAUCCGUGGUUAAAGAACACGUCAGUGCUAGUCUUCUUCAACAAAAUUGACCAGCUUAAAGAAAAAAUAGACCAGCAGAAAUCGCUGAACACAUUAGUAGAGGAAUUGAAGAACGAGGAAGAAGAAAUGAGAAGACAAGGUUUAGACUCAUCUCCUGCAUUUCAGCAAAAAGAUUACAUUCGUAGGUUGCAAGAUUUUUCUACAUAUGAAUUAAAAGAGCGAGACGCAAAAGAAUUUGUUGAAGCAUUCCCAAAACUAAACACUAUGGACGCUGACCAAACUUGCCCAUACGCAACGGGGAUUGCAAGCAGACGAUCAUCGUCCAACAAUUCAAAAUCUAAUCGGAAUCUGUUGCCCUGUAUUUCUCCGGACUAUAAUGACAAUAUGCGAGAUUCUUCAGUUUACGUCAGUAGGAAGAGGACGAUAAGCGACCCUGGAAAACACCGGCAGAGUUACAAGGAUAUCGCUGCAGAAAUUGGAGAAGAAGUUAUCAGAACCGCAACCUUCAUCAAAACUGUAUUUAUGGAAAUCGCAAGCAGAUCUCGGAAGCCAUCUGGCGGCGCCAACUGGCACGAAAACCACUCGUGUGAUUAUUUCUACACAUGCGCAGUGAACACAGACAAUAUUCAGAAAGUUCUGGAAGGCUGUCGAGGCAUCAUCAUAAAAGAACAUCUACGAAGAUUUAACAUUGGAAUUUAAUCUGUGGUCGAUCUGGGCUUGUGUGACGCCCUCACGUUUAUACCAAUAUUGUGAUGGAACUGCAGGCGUUACAAUUGCGAAUUUUCGCGGGGAUAUUCAUACAUGUAUUAUAACUGAUUCAGACGACAUGCGCUCUGUGUAUGUUAGUGACAAACUGAAUUUCUUUGAGCUAUUUGUGAUACCAUUUAUUGCAGCCUUGUUUUUGAAGUUGUCGCCUGAUGUCAUCGUAGCAUACAUGUACUAGUAUAAG